AUGACCCAAUUUCUUAUAUUCAUAUAUCUAAAUAUGUUUUACUUCUUUCCCUCUUUGCAGAUACUGACAGAAAACCUCACCACGGUCACUGAAUUCCUGUUGCUGGGUUUUUCCAGCCUUGGUGAAAUUCAGCUGGCCCUCUUUGUGGUUUUUCUUUUUCUGUAUCUGGUCAUUCUUAGUGGCAAUAUCACCAUUAUCAGUGUCAUCCACCUGGAUAAAAGCCUACACACACCAAUGUACUUCUUCCUCGGCAUUCUCUCAACGUCUGAGACCUUCUACACCUUUGUCAUUCUACCCAAGAUGCUCAUCAAUCUACUUUCUGUGGCCAGGACAAUCUCCUUUACCUGUUGUGCCCUUCAAAUGUUCUUCUUCCUUGGUUUUGCCAUUACCAACUGCCUGCUAUUGGGUGUGAUGGGUUAUGAUCGCUAUGCUGCCAUUUGUCACCCUCUGCAUUACCCUAUUCUUAUGGGCUGGCAGGUGUGUGGAAAACUGGCAGCUGCCUGUGCAAUUGGAGGCUUCCUGGCCUCCCUUACAGUGGUAAAUUUAGUUUUCAGCAUCCCUUUCUGUAGCGCCAACAAGGUCAAUCAUUACUUCUGUGACAUCUCACCAGUCAUUCGUCUGGCUUGUACCAACACAGAUGUUAAUGAAUUUGUGAUAUUCAUUUGUGGGGUUCUUGUACUUGUGGUUCCCUUUCUGUUUAUCUGUGUUUCUUAUAUCUGCAUUCUGAGGACGAUCCUGAAGAUUCCCUCAGCUGAGGGCAGACGGAAAGCGUUUUCCACCUGCGCCGCUCACCUCACUGUUGUUAUUGUUCAUUAUGGCUGUGCUUCCUUCAUCUACCUGAGGCCUACAGCAAACUAUGUGUCCAACAAAGACAGGCUGGUGACGGUGACAUACACUAUUGUUACUCCAUUACUAAACCCCAUGGUAUAUAGCCUCAGAAACAAGGAUGUCCAACUUGCUAUCAGAAAAGUGUUAGGCAAGAAAGGUUCUCUAAAACUAUAAAAUUGAAAUAUUAUUAUGUUUUAGAUUUCUCAAUAAAUAAUGCCUUUUUAUCACA